AUGGCUCAAUAUUAUCAACGACCGCUUGCACAGCCCUCCCCAGAUAUCUCGCGGGACGUGAUUCGGCAGGGGCAAUACGGACAAGCUGUUCAAACCGGCGAUCAAGGCACCAGAGAGCCUCGUUUGAAUAUAACUAGCACGCGUCCGCAACCCAACACGACUCCAGCGGGCACAUCUUGUCAGAUGCCCAAUGUUACCUUCCCCGGCCGUCCAAACACCUACAAGCAGCAAGAUGACUCUGUUAACGAAGGGGCCAAAGGGCCAGUUCUCACGGUGGAACCGGAGAGCGUGGUGACGCCGCAGUCUAUAGACACUGGAGAUGAGAAUGAUUUUCUUUCAGGUGCACGGGCGCCACGUCUUUCGGCUGCUGUUAAAGAGGGAGUGGAGAAAGCAUUUGAAACUGGGCUGCUUCAGGGUCAGAGCGUAGUCUUCUCAAGCGUUGAAAAGGAGUUUCGCGAGAGCCGCACUAUUUUCGGGGUGACGACGACUCUGCAUAGAAACAAAGCAGCGGAUCAAGCCAUCAAAAAUGUUCAGGACCGCCUUAAAGAAUUGUUCGCUGCCUGUAAGGCAGCGGUUUCGACGCACCCGGGCGUGAUACAGACUCGACAAUCGCUAGAGAAGAGCAUCAGUAACGGUAACCAAGAAGCUCCGGCACAUCGCGCAGAGGAGACAUCACGAACAAAGGACGCUGCAGCUGGGGCCCAGGAAAGUAAUGAAAAAAAUCCAUCACGGGCUAAUCAGACUAUUCAUAGCAACAAGACCCCCAAGAGUGCGAGAAGGGAGGCCAGAUCCCAAACGCCGCAAAGUUCGCAAAUAGUCCGAGGCCGCAGGCCCAGCAAACGCAAACCUGCGGACUUCACCAUGCUUGGCGUUAUUGAUGAGUAUAGUUAUGAAGGGAACAAAUUCCCUUCGUACCAAUGUUCCGACGGGCAUAGGCGUAUCAGCAGUCCAACCAUGGUCGAGGAGCGCACACAACAACAAACCAGAGCUCCUGCGAAUCUUGCGAAUCCUACUCCGGCUCCGGCCAUGGGCACGCCAUCCCACACGGCAAAGACAUUCUCCAAGCGGGAACUCGAGCCAGAAAGCGACCGUUCCCGAGUGUCGAAGAAGACCAAGGUCGCUCACCCAUCGGACCCAGCGACUAUGAGCCUUCCAUCUGGCGCAUCAUUUGAGCCUGUGUUGUCCGGUUUCGCCAACCAAAAUGCUACAGAGAUUAUGGCCGGCGAGUUUAAUCAGCUUCAGAACCUUGCGUGUCAUAUGCAACAACAAACGGAUCCAUACGCUGCAGCUGGCAUUACUCCAGCCGUUUUCCCAGGCAAUGCGGAAAACAACUUGUUGCAACCAGUUCAGCAUACCCAAGCGCCCGCGAUAGUACCUGGUGGUUAG